AUGGCUUUGCUGUGUGGCCUUGGGCAAGUCACUCUCCGUCUCUGGGUUCCACUUCCUUCCCAAUCCACAAAUGGGAUUGGGUUCCUUGAAGCCCUGGUAUUUCUGAGGAGCGGCGGCAUGGAGGCUCUCACCACUCAGCUGGGGCCGGGGCGCGAGGGCAGCUCCUCGCCCAACUCCAAGCAAGAGCUGCAGCCCUACUCGGGCUCCAGCGCUCUCAAACCCAACCAGGUGGGCGAGACGUCGCUGUACGGGGUGCCUAUCGUGUCGCUGGUCAUCGACGGCCAGGAGCGCCUGUGCCUGGCGCAGAUCUCCAAUACCCUCCUCAAGAACUACAGCUACAAUGAGAUCCACAACCGCCGCGUGGCCCUGGGUAUCACGUGCGUGCAGUGCACGCCGGUGCAGCUGGAGAUUCUGCGACGGGCCGGGGCCAUGCCCAUCUCGUCGCGCCGCUGCGGCAUGAUCACCAAGCGUGAGGCCGAACGCCUGUGCAAGUCGUUCCUGGGCGAGCACAAGCCACCCAAGCUGCCCGAGAACUUCGCCUUCGAUGUGGUGCACGAGUGCGCUUGGGGGUCGCGUGGCAGCUUUAUCCCCGCGCGCUACAACAGCUCGCGUGCCAAGUGCAUCAAGUGCGGCUACUGUAGCAUGUACUUCUCGCCUAACAAGUUCAUCUUCCACUCGCACCGCACACCUGACGCCAAGUAUACGCAACCCGACGCCGCCAACUUCAACUCGUGGCGCCGUCACCUCAAACUCAGUGACAAGUCGGCUACAGAUGAACUGAGCCACGCCUGGGAGGACGUCAAGGCCAUGUUCAAUGGCGGCACGCGCAAACGGACCUUCUCUCUGCAAGGAGGCGGCGGAGGCGGUGCUAAUGGCGGAUCGGGUGGGCAGGGGAAGGGUGGUGCUGGCGGCGGCGGCGGCCCGGGGUGCGGUGCUGAGAUGGCCCCAGGUCCACCGCCCCACAAAAGCUUGCGCUGUGGCGAAGAUGAGCCUGCUGGGCCUCCCGGACCACCUCCUCCCCUCCCGCAACGCGGACUUGGCCUGGCGGCGGGAGCUAGUGGCCCGGCGGGUCCGGGAGGGCCUGGUGGCGGCGCUGGCGUACGCAGCUACCCGGUGAUCCCAGUGCCCAGCAAAGGCUUUGGCCUCUUGCAAAAGCUGCCCCCGCCGCUUUUCCCGCACCCUUACGGUUUCCCCACGGCCUUCGGUCUAUGCCCCAAAAAGGACGACCCGGUGUUAGGUGCAGGCGAGCCCAAGGGCGGCCCUGGCACUGGGAGCGGCGGCGGCGCGGGCACUGGCGGGGUCGCGGGUGGGCCGGGAGCUGGCCACUUGCCCCCGGGGGCAGGGGCAGGCCCGGGCGGAGGCGCCAUGUUCUGGGGACACCAACCCUCCGGGGCAGCCAAGGACGCAGCGGCCGUGGCUGCAGCGGCGGCCGCCGCCACUGUGUACCCGACGUUCCCCAUGUUCUGGCCAGCGGCAGGCAGCCUCCCGGUGCCGUCCUACCCGGCCGCGCAGAGCCAAGCCAAGGCCGUGGCGGCCGCUGUGGCGGCGGCAGCGGCGGCGGCUGCGGCGGCUGCUGGCGGCGGCGGCCCGGAGGCCCUGGACGGUACCGAGCCAGCCAAGGAGGGCGGUCUCGGAGGGGAGGAGCGCUGCCCGAGCGCUCUGUCCCGCGGGCCGAUGGACGAGGAUGGCGCGGACGAGGCGCUGCCGCCACCCCUGGCCCCGCUGCCCCCUCCGCCGCCGCCCGCACGCAAAGGCUCCUAUGUGUCGGCCUUCCGGCCGGUGGUCAAAGACACCGAAAGCAUCGCCAAGCUCUACGGUAGCGCCCGCGAGGCGUACGGUGCGGGGCCUGCUCGCGGGCCUGGGCCGGGGACGGGGCCGGGGCCGGGGCCGGGCGGCGGCUACGUGAGUCCGGACUUCCUGAGCGAGGGCAGCUCCAGCUAUCGUUCCGCCUCGCCUGACGUGGACACCGCGGACGAGCCCGAGGUGGACGUGGAGUCCAACCGCUUUCCGGACGACGAGGGCGCCCAGGACGAGACCGAGGCCAGCGCUCCCAGCACGGGAGGUGGCCCAGAUGGCGACCAGCCCGCUGCGCCCCCGUCCGCCACCUCUUCGGGCGCGGACGUUCCCGCAGACUCUCCCGACGGCGGCAGCCCCCGCCCUCAGCGCCGCCUUGGGCCACCCCCAGCCGGCCGGUCCGCAUUCGGGGACCUGGCGGUCGACGACGUGGUGCGGAGACCCGAGAGGAGCCCGCCGAGCGGCGGUUACGAGCUGCGAGAGCCUUGCGGGCCCCUAGGAGGCCCCGCGCCGGCCAAGGUGUACGCGCCCGAGAGGGACGAGCACGUGAAGAGCGCGGCGGCGGCGCUGGGGCCCGCGGCCUCCUACCUCUGCACCCCCGAGGCCCACGAGCCAGAUAAGGAAGACAAUCACUCGACCGCCGAUGAUUUGGAAACGAGGAAAUCGUAUCCAGACCAAAGGAGUAUCUCCCAGCCAAGUCCCACAAAUACAGACCGAGGCGAAGAUGGACUUAACCUGGAUGUCACAGGAACUCAGCUGGUGGAGAAAGAUAUUGAGAACCUGGCCAGAGAGGAACUGCAAAAACUGCUCCUGGAGCAAAUGGAGCUCCGCAAGAAGCUGGAGAGGGAAUUUCAGAGUCUCAAAGAUAAUUUUCAGGAUCAAAUGAAGAGAGAAUUGGCUUAUCGAGAAGAAAUGGUGCAACAGCUGCAAAUUGUCAGAGAUACCUUGUGUAACGAACUCGACCAGGAGCGGAAGGCGCGCUACGCCAUCCAGCAGAAAUUGAAAGAAGCCCACGACGCGCUGCAUCACUUCUCCUGCAAGAUGCUGACGCCCCGCCACUGCACUGGCAACUGCUCCUUCAAGCCCCCGCUGUUGCCCUAG